AUGGAUGCUGAAGAGUCAAUAAUCAAAAACAACAAUGAUAGUGAUGAAAUUAGAAAUGGCAGUGGUAGUGAUUGUAAAACUAGUAGUGCACCAAAUGACCAAUGGCUCAAAGUGCUUGUUCAGCAUGUUAAAAUUGAUGAUCACAGGCAUGCUUUAUCAGAAAAUGUUAAAAUUGAUGAUAUUUUCAAAUACAAACCAUUAUCACCUUCAUUACCUGAAUCCCCUCUGCAACCUGAGACUCUUUUGUGUGAGGAAGAUACCUAUAUUAGACAUGAAGAAUCACAAAUUUAA